UAACUGGAGCGUACUUCUCCCGAAAGCUUAUCUGCUUCACAAUCUUGGUAAGGCAAGUACCCUCCAUAAACAAAAAGCUUCCUGAUUCCAUUUUUUCAUACAGAGAGAAAAACAAUGAAGCUUUCACUAAAACUCCAAGAACAACCUCAAACUCCCAACAACCAAAAACAAUCACAAAAUCACCCACUUCUCCUUCGUGCCAAAAUCCCAAUUUCCAUUUUUAACCUCCCUUUCCUUUCUUGCUUCUCCACUACUACCCAUCACCCUUCUGAUCUCUCCCUUUCUCUUGCUACAAGUUUCCCUUCUGGUCCUACUCUUAAACUUGCUUAUUCCACUGCUUCACCCCCCAACCCCCCCCCUACUACCCCAACCACCCCACCUUUAACUCUUACCCUCAAAUCUGGAAUUGGCGUUUUUGGGUCUCCCAAGAAUUCACCUUUAGUGAUCUCUGCUAACUUUUCUUUUUCUCCUUUGAGCCCUCAUCAAAAUCCCAGUUUUACCCUUUUGUUCAAACCCGAAUUGGGUUCUUUUUCGCUUCGAAAAACCACUACUAGUUCUGAUGGGAAUUCUAGUGGUGUGAGUAAGCAGAAUGGUGAUGAGAAUUUUGGGUUUGUUCCUUUGGAGAGGCCAUUGAAUUUUAAGGAGUUUUCGAUGGAGGAUUAUGCGAAAGAUUCAGUCUUUAAAGGGAUUGCUGUAAUGGCGAAGACGGAAUUGCCUUUGACGAAAAGGGUUAUGAUGGAUUGUCGAUGGGGUGUGAAUUUUCCGAAGGAUUUGGGGAGCAAGAUGCCGUUUUUGAGUGUGAAUAAGAUUGGGAUUAAGAGAGUUGAGGAAGCUAAGGAGGUGAAGGAUAAGAAGGAUGAGAAUUCGGGCGAAAAUGAAUUGUUGAAAGGUAUGUGUUUUUGGAUGAAGAAGGAGUUGGAAAUGUUGCAGAGAGAGAAUAGAGAGAUGAAACAUAGGUUGGAGGAGAUGAAGAUGGGGAAUAUUGGUAGGAAGGGUGUUGGUGUUGGUGAGGGAGAGUUUGUAGGUGUGCAGGUGGUUGAGAAUUCAGGGGGUUUUGAGCAGUGGAGGAAUAAGAGGAAUAGCGGGGGAGAAAACGCGAAGAAAGAGCUGAAGAAGAACGCCUCAAAUGUGAAUCGAGCUAGUGAUGUUGAGAGUGAGUUGCAGAAAGCUAUCAAGGCUGCUUCUUCAUCAUGAGGGACACGCAUUUCCAAAGUGUCUGACCUAUUAUGAAAACUAAUGUUGCACCCAAAUAGAUUGUGUCCCCUCGGGGCUGUCCUGGAGACUACUGCUAGCGUUUCUCCUGCUGAUGAUAUGUGCUCUUCCUGAAUGCUGUUCUUAAGUUCGGCAGGAUUGUACUUGAGAUAAACUGGUUCUUAUAUAAGUUUAUAGCUUGGAGUAAUGCUCGUGAAACUAUAAUUUGACAAAAUGAUUUCUGCAAACUACUGUAUAUUUCAUUUUCUCGUGAAAAUCCUUGUUCGACAAGCCCAUUCAACUUAACUUGGAACUUUGGGAACUUUUACCUCGUCUAGCUUCAGGAUUGGCAGCUGCAUAUUUGGUUGGAUAGAAGUAUUCCACUAUUGUUGCUGUAAUACUCUGUGCAAGUACAUCAACUUUAUGUGCAAUCUGAAAAUGCUUCUCUAUUGAUGUUGAA